UACCGGGUCCGGGCUUCAGCCAAGGCCCCGGAUGGUGCCCUGAAACCAGGGGCUUGGCAGACAGGGCGCCCCUUGCUUACUCCCCGCACCCACCCAUGGGAGGGGGACUCAGGGCACGCACGUAUCGACGGUGUCGCCCAGGGGAAAGCUGGUUAGCUGUGUCCUAAGUUGGCAUGUUGGGGGCAGGGUAGAGGAAGGCCGCCUUCCACAUUCCCGAAUAGAGUUUGACAGAGCCCUGGACCUCUGGGCUUCCAAGAUGCCCACCUGAGAAGAGUCCAGGCCCAUGCCAACCUCGCCCACGUUCGACGCCCCUCAUCCUGACUUCUGUGUCUUGUAGAGGUGCUUGAACUCAGUGAAGCAGAGCCUUGGGGGUUAGCUGGAUGCCACAGCCCAGCCUCUUGAUGCAGUCUGAAUCCAGCCCGAGUGAAGAGGAGACCCCCUCCCUCUUGUGGGGUUUGGAUCCUGUGUUUCUAGCCUUUGCAAAACUCUACAUCAGGGAUAUCCUGGGCAUGAAGGAGUCCCGUCAAGUGCCAGGUAUAUUUUUGUAUAACAGGCAUCCAAUAAGACAGGUAGAUGUUGUGGGAACUGUCGUGAGAGUGAGAGAACGAGAUGCUUUCUACAGUUACGGAGUGGAUGACAGCACUGGAGUUAUAAACUGCAUCUGCUGGAAAAAGCUGAGCAAUAGUGAGUCUUCAGCAGCUGCAACUGCUCCAAGUACACCCAGAGAGCUGAGUGUGACCUCACAGCUUAAGAAGCUACAAGAGACCAUUGAGCAGAGAACCAAGAUAGAACUUGGGGACAUCAUCCGAAUCAGAGGCUACAUCCGCACAUACAGAGAAGAGCGAGAGAUUCAUGCCACCAUUUAUUAUAAAGUAAACGAUCCAGUGUGGAACACUCAGAUUGCAAGGAUGCUUGAGCUGCCCCCUCUCUACAGGAAGGUGUAUGACCAGCCCUUCUGCAGCCCAGCCUUAGAGAAAGAAGUGGCCAUGAGCGCCAGCAAUCCAGGCACUCUGGACCUCACCAGUCUCACUUGUUUGCUGAGUGAGAAAGUCAAAGAAUUCCUCGUGGACAAGAGAGUGCAGACCUUCUACCAGCAGGAAUUGGAAACUGUAGAGUCCUUGAUAGCCCUGGCCAAUCAGCCUGUGAUUCAUACCCACUCGGAUCAAGUGGAAUUAAAGAAUAACACCACUUCCAAGGCAAUUCAUAGCAUAUUUAAGAAUGCUAUAGAGCUGCUGCAGGAAAAAGGACUUGUUUUCCAGAAAGAUGGCAGUUUUGAUAACCUGUACUAUGUAACCAGAGAAAACAAGGACCUGCACAGAAAGAUCCACCAGAUCAUCCGAGAAGACUGCCAGAAGCCAAAUCACAUGGAGAAGGGCUGCCACUUCCUGCACAUCUUGGCCUGUGCACGCUUGAGCCUCCACCCGGGCCUCAGCGAGGCUGUGCUGCGGCAGGUGCUUGAACUCCUGGAGGACCACAGUGACGUCGUUAGCACCAUGGACCACUACUACAUGGCCUUUUGAGCAGAACCUACAGAGUGGCUGAAUAACGGGACAAGGUGGUGCUCAGCACAGAGCCAAUGCUAACCAGUGUGCCUGCAGGUGGUUCCCUCACAGUAGA